AUGACCACAGAACCAUCUUAUUUACCACCGGCUGUCAACUUCCCAGAGCUUGGGAGCCACCACGCAAUGGCGAUGAUUGACGUCAGCACCGAGAGCACCGGCAGUGCUUCAGUAACGUCAUCGGAGAAGGAAAAACGAGCAGCAACGCAGCAACUGCUUGCUUAUUGGGAAAAUGAACUGCAUUUUGUUGCCACUACUUGCUCUGUUCAUGAUGAAAACGAGCGGCAACUGCUUGCUUAUUGCGAAUAUCAACUGCAUUUGUUUUCCCCCGGAUUGUACAAACGUUAUUUUGUUGAAUGCAUUCCUAUCGUUUCGUAA